AUGCCCCUGCUUGGACCGGAAAGGUAUGGUUGCCUUGAGGACGUGCGGUGGCGGGCAAUGUGGGGCAUCUCAUUUGAAAUAAAGUCCGUUGAGUGGGUAUAUUGGCAGAUGUUAAAAGUGCGUUAA